AAUCCAAUCCAGCCCAACAAGAUGCCUCAUUGAAGUGAUAUUGUUCCGCCUCGAGCAGCAGGACACCUGUACAGUGAUGUCAUGGAACAGCAGCCAAUAGGAGGAAUGGCCUCUGCGACAUCGUGGUCUGAGGAGGACUUCUCCUGUUCCAUCUGUCUGGAUGUGUUCAACAGCCCAGUUACCACACCAUGUGGACACAACUUCUGCAGAACCUGUAUUACAGUGUUCUGGGAUGACAUGGUCCAGUACAAAUGUCCUGUCUGCAACGAGCUGUUCCACACAAGACCUGUUUUACGGGUUAAUACCUUCAUAUUAGGGAUGGUUGAUCAGUUUAGAAGUUCUGUACGAGUCAAAGAGCAGCCUUGCGUUGAACCCGGAGAAGUUCCUUGUGACGUCUGUACUGGGACCCAGCUGAAGGCAGUGAAGUCCUGCCUGGUGUGUUAUACCUCUUACUGCCAGACCCACCUGGAGCCACAUCAGAGAGUCUCCCGUCUGAAGACACAUCAGCUGGUCGACCCUUUGGACAGUCUGGAAGACAGGAUGUGUAAGAAACACGGCCGACUCCUGGAGCUCUUCUGUCAGACUGACCAGGUGUGUGCGUGUGUGUUGUGCACAAUGACAGACCACAAGUCACAUCCUGUUGUACCUCUGAAGGAGGAAUAUGAAGUGAAGACGGCCCAGCUGGGGAAGAUAGAGGCUGAAGUUCAGCAGAUGAUCAAGGAGAGACAACGAAAGAUUAAAGACAUCAUAGACAGGGUGGACCACAGCAAAGCAGACGCAGACAGAGAGAUAGCCGAUGGUGUGCAGGUCCUCACUGCUCUGAGGCGCUCUGUUGAAAAGUGUCUGGAUGAUCACAACAAAACGGUUCAAGAGAAACUGAAAUCCACAGAGAAAGAAGCUGAAGGCCUCAUCAAAGAGCUGCAGCAGGAAAUAAAAGAUCUGACCAAUAGAAGCUCAGAGGUGAAGCAGUUCUCCCAAACUGAAGACCACCUCCACCUCCUCCAGACCUUCAGAUCCCUGAAGGAUCCUCCACCCACCAGGGACUGGACCACGGUGGAGGUCCGUCCUCCAUCAUACGUUGGGACCUUGAGGAGAGCCCUGGAUCAGCUGGAGGAGACACUGAACAUGGAGGUGAAGAAGGUGCCUGACCUGAGAUCAGCUCUACACAAGUAUGCCUGUGACCUCACACUGGACCCCAACACGGCCCACAGAGACCUGCUGUCCCUCUCAGAAAAGGUGGACCUGAAGAAGUCACGCUUCUUCACGGUCCCUCACGACGGAGGCUCUGUCGUGACCUCGCCCGUCAGCUCCUCCACGUCCAGAGACAGCCCCCAUCCUAACCUCUCCCUCACCUGA